UUGCUUUAACCCCUUCAAGCCUAAGGUUAAAACAAAUCUUAAUGCCUAAGCACACAUUUUGCAACUUUGACAUGUGUUAGCAAAACCGUACAUAUCAUCACAACUACUUUGUGUAUCCAGGUGGAUGAUACCUUGUUUUUUUCAGGACGAAUUGGGAUUUCAUUUGAUGGUAAAUGGUAAUGGAUAUCUUCUGAUUGUUUUAUUAUCAAAGAAAAACUGUCCCAAACUAGAUCAAAUCUUGAUCCAGGUUUUUUUUUUCUAUUAU